CUGAGCACUCCCUGCCCCGGCAGCACCCCGCGGCUGGAGGGGGAUCCCUGCCCCUGCCUGCCUCCGCAUGUCCCUCUCUGUUCCAGCCUCCGGGGGGGGCCGGGGCCAGGGGCCGGGCACGGGGCCCGAUCCGUGCAGGGCCGCCCCGCCCCGCGCCGCCCGCCCCCGUCCCCGCCCGUCCCCGCCAUGGCGGCGGCGUUCACCGCCCUCCGCGUCCUGCUCGGGCUCUUCUUCCUGCUGACGGGCGCCGUGAAGCUCUCGGAGCAGCUCUCGGCCGACCUGCACCGGCACAUGAAGUCGGAGUUUGUGCGGUUCGCCGAGGUCUUUCCCCUGAAGGAGUUCGGGUUCGCACCAGAGCCGGGCCGGUACCUGGAGGUGGUGGGCUGGGUGGAGGUGGUGGCCGGGCUGCUGCUGGCCUUCGGGCCCCAACUCCUGCAGGAGAUCAGCAACUUCAUCCUCAGCGUCAUCAUGAUUGGUGCCAUCUACACGCUGCUGGUGCUGCGGGAGCCCCUGGCCAUGUGUGCCCCCGCCACCCUCUGCCUCGGCCUCCUCCUGCUGCUCAACAUCCGCGGGCACGCGGACCCCCCCAAGCCCAAGUUCGAGUGACUGGAGGCAGGAAGGAUGGACGGCUCGGCCAGCGGGAAGCGAUGCCCUAUGAUAUUUUCGUGAACGGCAUCACGUCCUGCUAGGUAACUUGCCGCUGGUGCACGGUGUGUCCUCUCCUACCGCUGCUGGGGACCCCGGUGCUGGUUGUCCCCACACUGCGGGACCCGGGCUGGUGCUGUGGGACGGUGGCCGUGGCACCGCCGUGGCACUGCCACCGCUCCAGCAGCUUCGUUGCUAAACUCGCACAAAGGUGGCCAUCCCUUCACGGUGUUCAGCCACACCGGGCUGGGGUUGGCUCUGCUUUUCUGGGGGCUUUCAUAUUUUGGAAUAAAGCCUCUUGUUUUUCA